GUCCUGCCCGGUCACCACACAGAGCAGCGGCGGCGGCGGCGAGCGCUCUGUCGUGUUGUGCUGGGGGUUGCGGGAAUGGACUCGCAGGCCUCCGUGGUCCGUGACGCCGUCGGCCCCGACGACCCGCUCGUCGCCCUGACCCUCGGAUCCAUCUACGCCGCCGCUCCGACCCCGCCGCCCAAGCCGCGGCGCCCCUCUCCUCCGACCCCUCCUCCUUCCCCGCCGGCGUCCGCCACCCGCCGCCGCCUCAACGACUCCGCCCCCGGACCGCGCCGCCGCCCAGGCAUUGACCCGCCGCCAUGCGACGCCGACGCCGACGCGGACGGUAAGCCGGCGCCGUUCCCGUGGGCGACGGAGCGGCCCGCGCGGCACCACACCCUGGACAGCCUGCUGAGCCGGGACGUCACGUCCGUCGAGGGCGAGGCCCGGUGCAGGCGCUGCAACCACACGGCGACCGUGGCGUACGAGCUGGCGCCCAAGUUCCGGGAGGUGCGCGAGUUCGUCGUCGCCAACCGGCACUCGUUCGACGACCGCGCCCCGGACGCCUGGAUGAACCCGGUGCUGCCCGACUGCGCGGCGUGCGUGGAGAAGCGAUGCAUGUGGCCGGUGAUCGCCGCCGAGAAGGCCGAGAUCAACUGGCUCUUCCUCCUGCUGGGCCAGAUGCUGGGCUGCUGCACGCUGGAUCAGCUCAAGUACUUCUGCAAGAACACCGGCCGCCACCGGACCGGCGCCAAGAACCGAGUUCUCUACUACGCCUUCCUGGAGAUGUGCAGGCAGCUCGAGCCGCGCGGGCCGUUCGAUGACACCGUCGCCGACGAUAACGCGUUCCUGCACACCUGAUCUCCCGCCCCGUGCGCCGCAGAUGGAUUUUUAUGUGAUGGUGUGUCGAUCCGGUAAUUUCUAGGGAUGACGAAAAUAGAUGACGAGUAAAGAACAACUUCUCUGGAUUUAAUCAGUUAUUAUUGGAUCGAUAUGAUUAUUGCUCAUGGGUUUUGAUGAAGAGGAUUAAACAUGUUCUUGCAAUCAACAUGUAAUACGUUAGCUGUAGGGUCUUCAUGCAAGUGACUCUAUUAGCGAGAUAUUUUUCUUGCCCUA